AUGUCGGUGGGCGUCCGGCAGCUCACGGUGCUGGGAGAGUUUAGGCCGCAUGGGAUCGUCGCUGAAGCACUCGACGGGAAGCCUGCGCCAGGGGAGGAUGCCGAGGCGGAGGACAGAUUCGACUACUUCCUCUUCGACCCAGACAUCACUGGCGACCGGGAUGAGUCUCUGUUCGAAGACCACCCUUUUCCGACGUCCUCUUCCCCAUUCAAUCAUAGCGACCACGAGAUAUUCAUUCGGGGAAACCGGUCCUCUCUCUCUCUCUCUCUCUCUCUCUCCCCUCUCUCCCCCCCCUCACUUGUCUACACCCCAAUCAGGGGGUUUAUUCGCUCGUUGUUGUAACUGCAUUCCUGUUCCACCAGUGUGAUCUGGAGCGCUGGCUCAAGGAUAGAGAAAAGAUACAGCUCACCCACUUCCGUCUUAAUGGUACGUGCCUAGAUAAUGCAGCAAUCUGCUUCAUCGGCAGCGGAAUCGUAUUAUAACGAAAAAAACUGGUUUUUGUUUUUCAUUUAUCCCUUCGUUUCACCUUCGUCAUCUUACUUGAGAAAAUACAGUGAAGUCUGUGACUAGGCAUUAUCAAGUCUAAUCGUUAGCUCCCUCACAUCAUUUUUUAAAGUACGAUUUUUUUAGUAAAUCGUUCGAGUAGAACUAUCGGUCAACUAUGCAAUGCUCAAGUUCCAGAGUAAAUGGGAAAGUACUGAAAAGUGGUUACAAAUCAAAAUGUCAAGUACUUGACCAUUGGUCUACAAUUCGUUUUCGCUCCUUGCUAUAUCACUUUAGAAUCUGUUAUACUGCAAUGACAGGAAUGUUUGAACAAUGCUAGGCAUUCAGAAUAACCUGCAAGGAAUAAAGAGGAGUUUUAGAGCUUACCUAUAUUUCUCAGAUGAUAAUCUUAUGUAGUAGAGUCGCUGUUAGGUGGUUUGAUAGCCCACUUUUUGUAAAGAAAAAAAUCCUUCCUAAACAUGUCCAUGAAACUCAACACAGAUCAUUUAAUUUGAAGUAAAAGAUACAAGGUUGCAUGUGAUGAAUUACCCUCAUAUUUUAUUAAUUGGGACGGUCUUCUGUUUGUCUUCUGUUUAUCUUCUGUGAAAACAAUUUAUAUCUUAAAAAAAAAUGAAAACAAUUUAAACCUUUAAAAAAAAUAAAAAAAAAAUACUGGUUUUUAGUGGAUUCCCAGAUCUGUGUAGUUUCGAACUUGAAGAAGGUCUGUUCAUAACACAUGAUAUAAAUUAUUGUAAUUCGUUGAGUGGAGGUUUCGUAUGCUUAUUAAAGAAAACUCUAUGUGUCAAUCAAGAAACUAGGUUUUUUGUUUGCGGUGAAAGAAAUGAGUGGAAAACCUGCCAUUACUUCGCCCUUCUAUCCCCUAGUUUCAAGACACAUCUCACUGCCUUCUGUUUUGGCGCUGGUUGAAUAAACUUUAUGAUCCUGACAGGAGGGUAUAGUGGAGAUAUUUUCCUAGAAGCACUUAAGCAUGUCAUUUGACUUGAUUAAGAGUAGAUGAAGAAAGUGGAGGAAGGAUUUUCUUUGGGUCAUCAAAAGGAUACCUGUCAAGACUAUCUGCUUAAUUCAUGAACGGUUAUCUUAUGUAAGCUGCAUAAAAAAUAGAUGCUUUUUUUAAUUGGCAACAAGCUCAAUUGCCAGCAUUGAUUUUGUAAAUUUUACUGUAUCUUCUGAGAGGCCGAUGAUCUUGGUGAUUCCACUGCAAAGGAAGCGAAUACAUUUCUUAAGCAACAUAGGAGUUGUUUCCUCAUAUCUCACUUUUCUUGAAGCAGAAAUAUUGUUAAUUAAUUUGUGUGGUGUCUUUUUUUCUUUUGAACCAAAGACAGAACCAUGUUAAUGCACUGUUAGGAGCGAAAGUUGAAAGUUGGCUUGUAUUUACUGUAUUCCAACCAUUUCCAUGGCUUUUAUUCCUAGAGAGAUUUUUUCUUGUGACAAUUUAUUUGUUCUCAUUCAAGUCAUAUGGAUGACUAUUUCUUGUCUGUGUGCUCUUUACUUCAUUAUAUCAAUUUUAUGAGCAACAGAAGCAGUUAGAUCGUCUAAUUUUGAUUUCAGCUUUUCUGAAGAAGUUUUAUCCAUUUUCAGGCAUGUUGGUGUCAUAUGGAAUCUAUUGCUGAAGCUCUUCUUUGUGUGCUGCAGAUUGACAGUCUGUCAAUCUACAGUUCAUCUGGUGAGAAAAACUGUGCUUGUUAAAUUACUGAUAUUUAGUCAAUAUCAAAUAACCUUUUUACCAACUAUCACGGUCUUCACUUCGUGCAUGCCUCGACAAUUGGCUACCUACAUAUCGUUGUUCUCUGCCAUACAUGAAAUUUAUACUUAUUGGAAGCCGAUGAUGCCAUUCUCCCUACUCAGAGGAUAUUCUCAUUAAUUUCUGGUAAUCUAUCUUCGCAGGUGAAGUGGGCUCCAUUCCUUUGCCUUAUUCUAUAGGGGCCAUCUGGUCUCUUCCUCUUGGUUUAUUACUACAAAAGGAAACUGAUGGCAAUCAGCCAAUGCACGUGUCUUAUUCUUCUUCAAGCUCAUUGCUAAAUACUCGUGAUUUAUCUCGUCCAAAUAAGGAGUUUUUGUCCAGUCAAAUUGCCUCUAACUUAUUCGGUCCAUAUGAUCAUGCCAUAAAGGGGGAUGGAGUAGAUGGGGCAUCACAUUUGAUUCUUAAGCAUCCACUCGAAGAACCUCAGGUCUCUUUAUUUUUUCAUUUAUUAACUCAUCUUUCUUCUAUUGAUUAGUCUUGUGGUGUACAAAUGUUCCUUAUACAUGCUUGUUUUCUAUAUUGAUUCGCAAAUUCUUAUUUGAAGUUGUGAAGGUCUAUAAUUACGAAAGUUAUUGGUUUAGUUUCUUCUUACUUGUUUGUGAGGUCUGUCACUGUCCCACUCUUUCUCCUUAUUUCAAAAAGUGUUGGGGAUACUGACGGAAACUAAACAAGUAUAAAUAGUUGGGAAAAUUUUCUGUCUUGCCAAUUCGUCGAGCAAUUGCUAGCUAUGUACAAUUACUCUGGCUCCCAAAAAUGAAAAACUACCUAUGUUAGAUCCCACGAUUUAUGGGAUACUCAACAAAACUAGGAAACUGACCAACUGAAACUAUUAAUUACACGUUUUCACCUGCAGAUACCACAAAGCUCUCCAAUUGAAGUUUUAUUCCAGAAAGUAGGCGAUAUCUUUUUAGUUACAACAUAAUCAGUUUCAACUGCUCAAAGAAAACUGCUUGGAAUCUUUCUGUGACCAUAGCUUAAUAUGGUGAAUGAAAAUGUACAAAUGAAGUUUCAUUGACCAGGAGGGAAAGAGAGGCUUCGAUCCUUUAUUUCCCUCAUGAAGGAUUCUCGGGUCCAUCUAUGUGCACAAUCUUCGUACAAGAUUGCUGGCAGCAGCCCAAAGGGAAUUUGUUUGGAAUGACUCUUAAUGGAUCAUCUGUUUGGAACGAUCCAUCUUUCUUUCAAAGUUUCUUUCCAUCAGCUGACUCUUAAGUCAGCUAAUCCUCAUGCAGACGACGACUCAAGAAGUAGGACAUCCAGAUCGCCUAAUGAUACGUCAGAUCAUGUCAUAUUGCCAUCAUUCAAUCCUUCUGUGUUUGUAAAAAUCUGAAGUUGCAUAUCUUCUUGUUGGAUUUUUCAUUUCACUCUUUUGAAACGAGAAGAAACAAACUUUUUGUGAGGGUUUUGCCUGGGGUUGAAGAGUUGUGAAUGUCAACUGUUUAGUCGGUGGGAGUAAAUUAUCCUGUCCAAUGCCAUACUGCGAUUAAGAUUGGUUGCCUUUGUAGUUUGCGAAACUGACAUCAUUUUGUUGUAUACCCUUUGCUCAUUUUGUUUGUUUAAGCAACACUGCAGAUAUUUGUAUACAUCAGAAAUUAUUACAAUUUUUAAACACCAUAUUUUCUGAUCUAUUCCAUUUGCAGGUGACGUAUGUCGAAGAGAGGGGCAAGUUGGCCAUUAUGAAAGAUUUUGACGAAAGAAUUAUUUGGACUAGUGAUAUUAUUCCUUUGAUGUCAUCGUAUCACAAAGGUUCAUCAAUUACGCAUGCUUCCAUCAAUAUCUAAAAUAAGAUUGUAGAAUUGAAACAUUAACUUCCAGCUUUAGAGCAUUAAACCGCGUUUCCUUUUUCCUUCCACUGUUCUUAACGCCUUCUUCAUUAACUUCUAUUGCAGGCAAGAUGAAACAUUCUAUUUGGCUUCUGGAAGUUGCACAUCCUGAAAGUGAAAUAGUUACUGCAAGUCGCACUGUUGAAGAGGUUUUGGACGCACCAUCUUCAAAACUAUUUUCUUUUAGAAGGAUAUGGCAAGGAACGUGUUCCCAGUGUGCUGCCAGUGAGGUGAUUCUCCGUAAUUGUUUUGUUUCUCGAUAAAUUUACCAUGGUAGACAGUAUAUCACAUUUCGGUUGCCUGUUGGAUGGUCCUUUGGCGAGUAACUCCAUGCAUGGAUUUUCAUUGCGAUUCAUAUUUGUAUCACUUGAUUAUGAUCAUCGAAUCCUUACAGUAAAGGAUAGUGGGCGCCCAUCAUGAUCUCAUUUUAUCAAUCCAAGGUUGUCUAUGCUUAGAGAUACAAUUCUGUAGGAAACUUUCUGAAUGCUUGCUGUGAAGGAUUACAAAUUCUCAAAUCAUCAUCUCUAAACUCCAGGUUAGGGGGCAAACAAGAAGACAACAAUUUUCAUGGGGUCACCUGAGAUAUGCUUUGAGAUGUAGGCAGCCCUGAUGUCCAGGGUGUCCAGGCUCGCCUUUUUGAUAAACAGAGACAGUAGAAAAAAAGGGUUCUGUACCAUGAACUUUGAAGGUGAGCUGUCUAACAUGGCACUUGCCUUGACCACUCUGCUGACUUUGGCAAGAAACUUCUCCCUUGUUGGGAUUGACAGCCUCUGUCAAAGGAAAGAAUAAUCAUGUAGGACUGGUGCCAUUCCAUACUCGAUCCGCUGCCUGGUGUAUACCUUUCAAUGAGACUCUUGUUUCGCUAGAGCAUUUAGAACACGACCUAACUAAACCUCACUUACCGGUAUCUGAGCAAUUCUUCCAGUGAAAUACCCUAGUAUAUGAAAGAAUGAAAAAGUGCUUUCUUUGCGGGCACAUAACUUCCUCUAAAUGAUAAUGCAUUGGACGUCUGGGGCCAUUCUUUUAGUUUUAGUUGCAGUCAAAAUACUAAAUAUCAUUUUGUGACUAAUUUAGUUAUAUUGAAAGAUCGAACUAGGUCCGGUGUGCCAGGAAGACUACCCUUGCGCCUGUGGAGAAAAACUCCAAGUUCAAACCGACAGAACCUUUUCUAUCAUUCAAAAAGAUAUUUACAAAUUGGAGGGGUCUGGUAUUUAUACCAGAAAUGGAAGGCUCUUGACACUUAUAGCUAUCCUUGGGAUUAUGUGUCCCGUCAAUGAGUUAAAAAGUUUUAUCAUAUUGUUUUCAUGUCUAUCAGAGGUACUGCUUUUUUUUUAUUUAUUUAUUUCCAUAUAUUAGCUACCCUUCGUGAUAUAUUUACACAUAUAUUCUCUUUAUCUUAUUCAGUACUUAUUUGAUAGUUCAUAAUAUUUCCUAUUAUUUUUAAGUUAUUUAAAAUUAGACCUGCCCUAGGUUAUGCUUGAUGGCUGACGUUAUUGACUAUGCAGCACGCCGUCCCCUUGCUAGCCUUACAUAUCGUGUAUGUGAAAAUUCUACCCUCAAUUUGUAAGAUAACAAAACUCAAGGAAUUGGUGAAAAUUACCACCUGAAAAACACAGAAUACUCCUAUAUCACAAAUGAAACAUUUGAAAAUUGACUUUAAGCCAUCUGAUUUUACUGUUUGCCAGUAACCUCAACGAGAAUGUCAGUGUAUAAGAACCUUCAAAUGAAGGGAGAAAGGCGGAACACCAGGAAAACCCUAGGUGUUGACAUAGAGAAGAGAUGAGUAUAGAUGGAGCCCCAAAAGACCCUAUGUCAGAUGGUGGAGAGAGAACCUCUCUCCUUACAUUUGUCAUAAAGGGUAAUGCCCUAAACAGUACAGAUUUAGUGGACCCAGACUGGAUUUGGGAUAUAAUACGUUAGCGGGCUCAAUAAGAUCCGAGAUGUGAUGGAACCAACAAACUCUAAUACAGAGAAACAAAAAAAGGAUAACUGGUUCUCAAUACAGGGUUAAUUUUAAUUAUUGUCGUCUGAUGAAUAGUUUAAUUUAUUUUUUCACCUUUUUAUUAUUUUAUUGUUUUCUCAUGUUACUAGCAGGUUGGCUUUUAUGAUGGGUAAAUCGUGGGGCCAAAAAUCCAUAAACAAUAGAAAUGCUUGUUUUCUCAUUUUUAGUCAUAUUUCCCACUUCACUGGUUAGGUGUUUAUGGCGACUGAUGUUGAUGGAGUGCCUAUCAUCUGUUUCCUUCUACAAGAGCAAAAACUGCUGCUUGCUGUGAGGAUACUGGUUGAUGAGAUGAUGGGCGAUGUUCCUGUUGAUUUUAGGCCUCAUACGAGCUGGACGAUUCACGCAAUCGCUGCUGUGCCAGUGGUUGUGACUCGCCCAAGGUAUUUGUGACUAAUUUCACCUCACAAGAUCCAUCUUACCAUUUUACCAAUAAGCAUUCAUAUUUUUUUCUAACUGCAGAGUUCAAGUUGGUCACCUUCCAUUCCAUGACAUCGUUGUUUUAACAUCCGACAAUAGUCUUCUACUUUAUGUAAGUUGCUCGCUUAUGAAAGUUGAAAGUUCUUUUCAUGCAACCUGUGCCUGUUCAUCUUCUAUGCCAUUUUUUAUCUUUUUUUCAAUCAUUGAUCUAUCAUGUUACAUUUAUUCUGUACAAGGAACUUAUGGGCUUUUCCUGUGCUAAAACUGCAGUCUGGAAAGCAGUGCCUCUGCAGAUAUGUUUUACCUUGUGGUUUGGGAAGAAGUGCUGUAUUUAAUGAUAUGGUCCCCACUGAAUCAGUUGCUAUUUAUAAUGAUCUGAAGAUCACAGGAGUAGCUGAUCCUGUUCGGGGUAGAAUUAAUGUGAUUGUCGAUAAUGGCCAGGUUUGUCUUGAUGUAGAAAUGACUCAUUAUUUGUGUUUGGUUUUUCUGGUGCCCGCUCCCUUUCAUUCGAUUCUCCUCAUCAUCUGUGUUAUUUUCUAUAUCCCGGGUUAAGCAUGCAUUGGCUCAAGUUUCUCUUAAAGUCGUGUCGUGAGAGUUCGUAUUAUUACCCACUUUUGAUGCACAUUGGUCCUUACCAUUACCGUUUAUUGAGAAACAAAUUAUUCAAACCAGUCUUCUAUCUCGAGGACUAAAAAUCUGAACAGAUCACAUACCAUAUAACGUAUUGAUAAAUGACGGUGGCUAGCACCCCACAACAUGGGUUACAUGACACAACACUGCUGUGGUAGCAGCUAGAUCAGACAAGCCCGCUGGUCACUCAUCUUAAUCUCACUGCCAUGAUACAAUGUAUAGGUCGAGGGAGAUGUUUGUCUCCGAACCGUAUGAUCCGUAUCUUAAUCACAUUUGCAGAUAGGUGAAGCAUUUUUCAAGUACACUUUGGUCCACCUUUCUUUUGCGACGUGAGAAGCUUUUGUUUUGCAUAUACAUAUACAUAUACUUUGGCAAUGCAGUUGUCAAAAGCACCAAAUUCUAUGCUUACCUAUUUUAAAUCCCAUUGAAGUUCAACGUACGUUUAUUGAAAUAUGUGGUGGAAUGAUGAUCAUGGUCGUAAGGUAUUUGUAGGAAGUCCAUUUAUUGCAGUCAAUAAAUUUUCGUAGGUGGUUGGAAUAAGUCCAUUUAAUGCAAUCAAUACACUAUCCCUGAUGGACCAGAUGAUGUAAUAGUCUUCAUCAUAACAUGGGAGUCUACAAUGAUCCUUGAAAUUUUUUAAAAAGCUUUUUCUCCAAAACCCUGUGCAGACAAAUAGUAUUUGGUAUGGUAUAUCUUAUGUUCUUCUUUGCUUUUUCUGAUGUUGAAGGCUUUUCUUUUCUUUUGUUAGAUGUUCAGAUGUGCACUACGAAGAAAUCCUUCAUCAUCACUGGCGAAUGAUUGUAUCACAGCCAUGGCAGAGGGCCUUCAUUCUUCUUUUUACAAUUAUUUUAUUAUUUCACUAUGGGGAGAUGGAGAUUCUUCUUAUUUAUCUCGUACCGAUUCACAUUUUGACUUAGAAUGGGGGUCUUUAAAGAAUGUGCUGAUUGGAAUUUGUCAAAAAUGUGGAUCUGGUUUCCAAAAUGCUCCCCUUGAAUCAUAUGACACCUCAUGGAACUUUUUAAUUAACAGCAAAUUUCACAAAAAUUACCAUCAGCGCUCAUCUUUCACUGGCCUCUCUUUUUCAACUAUCCACAAUACUGGGCUUUUUGAACCCUCAGCUGGGUGCAUAAAAGCUGGAGAACAUCAAGAGACAUCCUUUUAUUCUCAGCUUCUGAUGGGAGCUCUGGAUGCUCUGCAUGCGCUUUAUGAGUGUUUGAAGCUUGAUAACCUUCGGAAACAGUAAGAUUUCCUCGUUCUUAAGAUUUCUUUACCUCUUGUCAGUAGUUUGGUACGUCAUUAUUUUAUGUUUAUUCUCAGGUGUUAUACUUCAAUUAAGUACAAGUCAGGUAUCCUUUUUUCCAUUUUAGAAAAACAUGAGAAGCUUUGCUUUGUCGUAUCCACUCAGUGACUUUGUUGAAUUAAUCCCAUCUAAUCAGGAUCAAAGAUUCAUGUAUUUUCAUAUUGUGAUUAUUGCUUGAUCUGAUCCACAACAUGUAUCUCUGGCCUGUGUGUUGCCGUCUGUAAAUGGCUGUUCAACUAGGCAGACCGGACAACAUGUAUCUCUGGCCUGUGUGUUGCCGUCUGUAAAUGGCUGUUCAACUAGGCAGACCGGACAACAUGUAUCUCUGGCCUACCUUGUCACCUCAGUGACGCUUCAAAAGCUUGGCUUAAGGAGGAACUUGCUGAUUAACCUGCUAUUAACGUACCAUCUUCGGUUUCUUUUUUCUUUCCAUGUAGACCUGAGAUGUAGUACAUUUGUGACUAGAUUGUACGUGCAUGGUUUGGGCAAGUGAUAAAUUGUCUGAUGAACCACCAAAACAACAUCAUGUGGUUUGAAAAUUUCAUUGCAGGCAUUUUGAAGGGAUUAGCUGUCACCUUGAUAUCUGUUUUCCUAUGUGCCAGAUGUUUGAGAAUAAUUCCAUUUCACCUUUAUUCAUUGUAGAAUUAAUUUUUGUCGAAACCUCAUUUGAGUAUUUACUUCACUUAUUGAAUAUUUUUGGAUUUGAUGAGUGAUAGUUCGAGAAAGUCAUGGUAACUUUGCUCUGUUUAAAUAAAGUAUGAAAUUGUAAAUGGAUAGGUCUGUUAAACAGAACAAAGCAAAGAAUAAAAGACAACCGAAAUAUUACUUAAAAUGGGUAAAACAUCAUAUUCCCCGCACCUCAUCCAGGAAGAUGCCAUUUGCCAGGACCAUCUUGGUGGAAGAUUUUAAACCUGGUUAGUAUGGAUUGCAUCAAGCUAGUAUUCCGCUUUGGCAUAAUGUCUUUCAAAUUUUACAUGAUGGUCGUAAUUUACAUUGUUCUUUGUUCUUUUUCAGCUACAUACGGUUUCGCACGAGUGUUUUCUAAGCAUGCUAUUACCUAAAGAGUGCAUUCUUCCCACUAAAUUGUGCACAUGAUGACCAAAAAAAUAUUUUUGUUCUUACAGUGACUUGACACUUCUCGUUGAUCUUUUGUGUUACAUCGCCAUUUCAUUGGGUGAGACAAGCUAUGUGGACCACUACAUUCGUGAUUUUCCAUGUGUUACACCAGACAUUGCGACUGCCCAUGUUUCCCCUUCUCCCAGAAGCCCACCAUGUCUUCUUAGGUGGCUUGAAAAAUGCCUGCAGUAUGGCUGCAAAUCUGAACAUGUAAACGACCUUCCUGAUAUGGUGUGCAAGGAUAAAUGUUCUGCAGUUAGCUGGGCCCGAAAGAUUGUGGCCUUCUUCAGUCUACUAUUAGGUGCAGAAAGGAAUGAAAGGAAGCUUUCUUCUGGAGUUUAUUGUGAUAUUGCAAAUGGAUCAGCCAUUACCCCUGAGGAGCUCACUGUCUUAGCAAUGGUUGCUGAGAGAUUUGGUCUCCAGCAUUUGGAUUUACUACCUGCAGGCGUCUCCCUUCCCCUGAGACAUGUAAGUUUAUCUUUUCCAUUGAGAAGAAGUCAAUAAAUGUUAAAGAGCUUAUAUCAACAGUAUAACACUAGUUUAUGUAGGGUGGUUUCAUGGUCAUUUAUAGCCUUUAAUUUUGAUAUAAGGAGAGCCAGAGAUGGUUUAGUGGAUUUAAUGUAUAGACAAGCAGCAUUAUGCUCCCAUAUCUUUCAUCGGCAUGGAAGGAAAUUUUUCAAUCCAAGUUCUGAGAGUGCCAAGGGCGAGAGUUUAAAAGCUGUAUGGUAUUUGGUUGUUUUUGUAUGUAUGCUUGAAAUCGCAUUUUAAACAUGGAUGUUUUGAUACUUUUAGGCACUAGAUAAAUGCAGAGAAUCUCCACCGACAGACUGGCCUGCUGCUGCUUAUGUACUCAUUGGCCGGGAAGAUUUAGCAAUGGGAUGCUUGGGCUUCUCUAGAAAGCUUAACGAGCUUGAAUCACGAACUUAUUUGAAUUUGAUAUCUAUAUGUACACCGUAUGUGCUUCCUCUGAAGCCAGUGACUAUUCCUUCCUCAGUGUGUGAUCUCAUGCAAUCUGACUAUAUGAAAAUUGAGGAAAUAGGAUCCCUCGAUGAUCCUUUUGAAGAUGGCAUGGAGCACAUGAUCAAUUCAAGCACAAAACUGCGUUAUGGUCGUGAUCUAAGACUGAAUGAGGUUUGAUCCUGAUUCUGUAAAGUAUUUCUAUUGUCUGAUGAAUAUUUGGUGGUUUUUCUUAUUUUAUUUGCUGCUGGCACAUGAAUGCCUCUCAUGCAUUGUGGGUGAAAAGACUUCUGAAUGAUCGAACUAUUGCUAUAUGCUAGCCUUGCACCUUUGACUAUCAUUGCCUGCUCCUCUCCAUCUGAACUCUGAAGAACGUGAAAAUCAGUGCCUCCUUGAUUGAUAAGGCUGCUAAUGCUGUAAGGCGAAACCGAGUGCAGGCAUUGUCCGGUAACCAUGCAUCAAAUGGGAGGCAUGCCUCCGUCUGUGUGGCUGCCCAUUGUCAUCAUAUAAGAAUUCGAUGCCAUUUUCAGUCUCUUUAUUUUUGUUCUUUAGCUUCUGUCCGUAAUUAUUAAAAAACUAUGCUUUCUUUGACAUAUUUACUCACUAGUCCUUGGGAUUUACCUUUCUCUUUUUACCAACUCAAAAAUAGGGCUGUUCUGAUCACCGUUUAUUGCUGUGUGAAACAAAUUUGCACAUUCGAUGUGGGUAAUCCUUCCAGCAAAUGUGAUUGUUCUUCAUUCAUGAGUCUGCUGUCCCGUGAUCUACGUUUUGAGUAAACAUGUACGAUUCUGCCUUUAAAUCUGAUUUGAAGCCAUCUUAUUUCUCAUGUUGAUUGCUUCUCUAUAAAAGAUGAUCCUAUUAUUGUCUAAUUAUGAGGAAAUGAUGAAGAUUUUUGUCAUGCUGGUGGAACAGUCCGGAAUGGAAAUGAAGGUAAAGUUGGCUUACUUGGAAUCAUCACAGACAACGAAAGGCUGGACAAUCAAUUCAGAUUAUUUCUUCCCAGUUGUGAUCCAUUGCAACCGAAAUCAACUGAACCCCCCCCCCCCCAUCCCAUAGACCAGAAACUGUAAAAGAUGAUGUCUUGGAAAAGGGGCUUUAUUUUCACAACUCUAUCGAUCUUAUUUCAUAUCGGGAUCAAAAACUGAAUAAGGUUGAAUCACAAUAGGUCAGCUAAGUGAAAUUAUGGUUUCCUCAAGCUCACUGAGAAACCAUUUGAUUCUUUUCUUAGGCAAAAGCCAAGGAAGAUGAGUGACAUUUCUUUUGUUCUGAGGCUAACAAUACUCAAAACUGUCUCUUUUAAGACAUAAAUGAUGGCAUCACGUAAAUUGUGAUGACUUUAAAAUAGUGUGUAAGCAUCCACCCAUUUUUCUUAGGUGAGAUGGUGUAUCGACAUCUUGGGUAUUUAGUCACUUCGCUUGUAAGUUAUGUCGAAUAUUGAUUCUGCAUCUCUUCCCAUAGUAAUACAGCAUUAUUUUGUUUUGAACUUGAAGCUCCAUUAUCAUUUGGUCUCAAUGCUAUUCCAUUUCUGGUAGAAUAAUUUUUUUCCAAGUAUUUAAAUUAUUGUAGAGGUUUAGUAAUAUUGUCAAUUACCACUGUCUACGGCGCUGUUAAAUUUAGUUCCUUUACAUAUAUAUAAUACAGUCAAGAUGGCAUUUAGGUCAGACGCCUCUUAUGCUCGUCAAGGCCAGUGGCUAUACAAACGCCUGUGAAUCCUAGCGCCUCUGAUCAAGAGCUUCAACAGGUGUAUAUUUCUACUCCUUUUGUUCUCCCUGAGCUCUCUCUCUCUCUCUCUCUCUCUCUCUCUCUCUCUCUCUCUCUCUCUCCCCCUUACUCCCUACCUCCCUCCCUCACCCAUCCGCCUCCCCAUAUAUAUAUAGUUAUACAUAUGUAUAUAUCUAACAGUACAUUUUAUAAUUAAGUAAAUAGUUCUAGGCAACCUUUCUACUUGUGGAUCUUACAAAUAAGGAGAGAUGCGGUUGACUGUUGUUUAUUUGUUUCUUUAACAGCCAGGUUGUCAUAGCAUGUAGUUUAUCAUGCACUUGAGCUAAGUUGAUAUCUCUUGUGACGACUUAUUUCUUUGUGACAACAGUCUUAGUCUAACCGAGCACAAUUCUUUUUGAUCUGGUUCUUCUCUUCGUAGCUUGCACAUCAGCCAUAUUUUGAUUUCUGGGUGUUGCCCACAUGCUUCUACGUACUUCUUAAAGAGCUUUUUCUUGUUGCUAUUUAGGCUUUAGCACCUCACAGAAAAUGAAAUUUCUUUAGGGACUCUCUUCCCUCUAGCUGCUUUGUUUCUAUCUUCCUGAGUAACAAAUUCACAGCUGUCCCUAGGAUGAUGCCAGUCUUUGUCUUGUCGGGGUUUCCAAGUGGCCUACCUGCUUGUACUAAAUCAAGUCCUGGUUUCACCUCUCCAAAUACCCAUGUAAUAACUCGUGCUAAAUCAGAUCAGACGCUAGAUCAGUCAGUGGACAAUUAUUGGGAUUGGUCUAUCAGUGAAACAUCGAAUUCGUUGAAUUUACAUUGAGUAUGGCGUUUCAGGUGCAUAGCUUUUCCUUAUCCAUUGGUAUAUACAAUUUUAUAUUUUGUAUAGCAUCAGCUGUGGAAUCUCGCCCAGAGGACCUCUGCUCUUCCUUUUGGACGAGGCGCAUUUACUUUAGCUACUACCCAUACUCUUCUAACGGAGGUAAAUUCUGUCUUCAUUGCUAUUGAACUUUUUGUGCUAGUGAUAGGUUAAGGUUUUUAUUUACUUUUUACUGAAACUUACAGGCUCUGGUGGUUCCUAGGCUUGUUUUUUCUGGCAGAUUGCCUGCACAACAGAAUGCAACUGUUAGUACUCUCUUCUUUUUCUCAGAGUUUGUCCAAAUUUGGGUUUAAUUUUGUCGCCUUGUCUAAGGAAGGAAUGCUUUAGAUAACGUACAAAAAAUUCCAACAUGUCAUGCACAAACCUCUGGCCUUAGCAUCGGACAAGUGUUGUUCGGUUCACUAGUUCUCUGAUUAUAGUGAUGAGUGGAUGUGAUAUAUUUAUGAAGACUUAGAUGGCCUCUCAAGUAUGACAACUCAAAUUUUGAUAGUGGUGGCUCUGUUCAAUGUUAAAGUUGUAUUCUAUGUUCUUUUUGGCUUCAUGUUCUUUGAUAUAAUGAAUGAUCCUUUCUUUAGGUUGCACCUAUGUGAUAUUCUCCUGUUAAACUUCCUUUUUAUCUAGGUAAAGAAGCAUCUAGCUUUUUUGUUUCAACGUAGCCAAUGCAUUGGGACAGCUUGAGUGCACUAGUUGCUUCUAAGUAUUGUGUCCUCAUUUGCUACAUCCUUUUGACAUUAAAGUAAUAGCUCUUUAUUUCUUUCUACUAAAAGCGCCAUUCUGUUAUUAGCUUUUGUCAAAAAAUUACUAUGCACAAAUAAAUAAACAGGAGAAUGGACGAAAAUAUUGAGCAAUUUUGAUGACUCGAUGAACCUUAUGACUGCAUGAUUCAUGCCACCGUUGCAUGACAGGAUAGGCUCCUAGGUAAUCAGUUCUCACCAAUGUGGCUUGAUUAUGUAUUAGUGUGCUCGACAUGUUGUUUUACCAUUUGCAUGACUCCAUGUCAUGUAAUUGCUUUUACUUGGUAUAUUAAAAAGUACGGAAGAGAUUACAGAUUUCUUUCCCUUCUAUCUUUGGUACCAUUUUCUGAUUUAUGAUAAUGUCAUAUGGAGUUUGUUCCCAUAGAUUAUACCAUCUUAUGAGUCGACUAUCAUUUUACUGUCGACAGGUUUUGUUAUUCAAAAACCUUCUGUAUUGAAAUUCCAUCUUGACAACAGGUAAAUUUGGAUCCGAAUGUUAGAAAUAUAUCAGAACUUGGGUCUUGGCCCGAAUUUCACAAUGGUGUUGCUGCUGGUUUGAGGUUGGCACCUUUUCAGGUUUGUCUUCAUCUCUCCAACCUCUGCUUUGAUGGUUGAUUAGGUGACAAUAAACUUUUUUUGCAUUUAUUUCUACAAAGGUUUGGUUUCUGCUCUACACGAAUGAGAUGACUCUGGGUACUGUCUAAAUUAUUUCCGUAUUCUUGUAGGGAAAAAUGUCAAGAACAUGGAUACAAUAUAACAAACCGGAAGAGCCUAGUGCUAUACACGCUGGGGUUCUUCUGGCGUUGGGAUUGCAUGGACAUUUACGUGUUCUGACAAUUACAGAUGUUUAUCGAUACCUUUCCCAGGUGAAGACCUUCAUUGACAAAUGUUUUCAUGUGUCUCUUUGAGAAUCUGUGGUACUUUCUCUACCUGCGUCUUUGGAUUUCUCGCUUAAAAUUCCAGAGUUUGUAGAUAAUUAUUUUUCAUUAGUAAUUCGUUGUAGAGAAUUCAAGUAACCGUUGUUAAGCCAUACUUGUGUAUCGGUUGAAGUCCCGUGCGUUUUCUGCAAGAUAUAUAUGUUGCUUAUUUUUCUUUUCUGAUAUGCCUGUUUUUCUGUAGGAGCACGAUAAUACUACCGUGGGGGUCUUACUUGGCAUGGCUGCAUCACAUCGGGGAACAAUGCAUCCUGCAAUAUCUAAGGUAAGAUAGUGGCUUUAAUUGAUAAUUUUACUUGUUUCCCAUGAUCCGUGAGCAUUUCAUAUUUUCUCUGGGUAUUUUCUUUUUGAUUGCUUUCUUCUGCUCUUCAUGAGACACCCUUUCUCAGAGCACAUUUUAUAAUAUGCUUUUGAACAACUGGUUUUCUCCUUUCAGCUUACGAUGUUUGUCUUCAAUCUAUUUCUUUCGUUUCUCCCUUUUUGACCGAACUUGCAUGUCAUUCUAUUCAUAUUUUUAUUCCGCUAGGUAGUAGAGUAUUUGAUACAUCCGAGACAUGAUAAGUACAAAAAACAUAAAGGCUGUUUUAGUUUUAAUUCACAAAGCACUUGAAUUAUUGAACGGCCCGUAUUUGAUACAUUUAUAAAUUAGUCCCUACGAAAUUGACCUACUAGAAAUCCUCUGACAUCUACCAUUUGCUGCCAUCUUAGCGUUGUUUAAGGUGAGUCAUAGAUUACCUGAGUAGAUUAAUGAGAGUAAAUGUUUUUUUCUUCUUAAUCACAGAUCUUAACUUAAUCGGGUCAAGUUUGUUUUGGCCUAUUUUGAUGUUUGACAUAGGGAAGUGGUGUGUCUCUAAGUCAAGGUGUUUCAAGGGAUAAGAUUUCUCUUUUAUCUUUGUUGAUGCCUACAUGAUUUCCCCUGUGUUCUUCAGUCUAAGAGAAUGCUUUGAAAAGACAAUAGGUUUGUUUGUUGGAGGAUCCAUCAGGGGCAAUGACUUUUUAGAAGUUCAGAUCUAACGAGAUUAUUGUCCAUCAAAGAUUAUAUUGCGUGGAUCUUGGUCUCCUAAUGUGAUUAAGCUGUAUAACGAGACCAUUUCUCUCCCCUUCUUGUUACCUUUUGUAUUACAUAAUUUCUAUGCUGUAUAAUGUGUGGACAGGUGCCUUCUAUAUUUAUGGGGUUUUCCGAUCUUUUGAGACAAUUGUAAACAGCUCAGGGCUUCUCAGAUUCUUAUUGUCCUUCUGAUUUCUGAAAUCGUACGAACUUUGACUAAGUACCAUUAUGAUUACGUGGUCUUUCUUCCAUUUCGACCUUCAGCUAGAUGGCUAAUGGAUAUUUUAUCUUUCCGUUAGAUGCUAUAUCUCCAUAUUCCUUCUCGACAUCCAUCAUCUUUUCCAGAACUGGAGUUACCAACACUCUUGCAGGUAUGCAAUCGUCCUUUACCUCAGAAGUGCCCUCCUUAUCCUAAAUAUUCAUUUUUUCUGUUUUAUUUCAAUUUUUUAUUUCAGUAAAGAGAUUAUCCAUUGCACAUGAAUAAAUAGGACAAUAAUAGGACUUGUUUCCUACAACUUGUAUCUUGUUACAAGUUUGUGAUAUAUACUUAUAUUAAACAGAAAAAUAAGGGAUGUGCUGCUUUAAAUAUGAAGCGGUUCCAAUCAUCGAAAUAUUAUGAUUCUGAUACCACAUAUUGAUAAUGAUUGGAUUUAUGCAAUCAGGAAGAGUAAAUUUUCUAGAAUCUCGGAAAUAAGUCAAUGUAAAGAUUGAGAAGGUUCUAAAUUUUACCCUUCAUCAUUCAGACAUCAAAAUUUUCUUCUAAGGCAAAGCUCAAGUUACCGCCUUUGAUAUGUUGUUAUAUAAACUUUAUUUGGGUAUUCAGAUUUAUAGCCCUUGAUGAGCAUGCGGACAUGUAUGAAACUGUGGACGAUGCAAACUAGAUAUUUUAACUGUCUUCUCAUCUUGGAGUGUACCGCCCGUUUUGCCUAACAUCUAGCAAUCAGGGCAUAAGCGAAGCUGGGAAAUGGCCCUGUAGCCAUAGAAGCCUUUUAAACAUUUUUUUCGUAAAGUGAAUAGUGCUGCAUAAUUAACAUUGUAUAAAAAAGAAAAAAAAUGUACCGGUAGAUUUCUGAUCAGCUCUCCAAAGACACCAUAUUUGAAAGGUCAGUAAGCUGCAUCUAGACGGUACAGAUACACUUGUCGUCUGAAUUUCAGACAGAAUGCCAUCACUUUCUUGUCAGUACCAUUUUGACUGACUUGAUCUAUCUGUUGCUUUCAUUGUCCCUGCUACGGAAAAAUUUUAAAUGCUGGACAUUACCUUCGUUUCACGCAGAUAACCAACCUUUGGCUAUGCUGAUUUCUCGACUCUAAUCUGUUACUGCAAUGAAACCUCCAGAGCUAGAGUCCUAGAAGGCUGGGCCACCUGUUCUUACGGGGAAAGGAAAGAAACCAGGAGGAUACCUUGGAAAACUUUGACAGAUAAUUGUCGCUAUUUGUUGAACCUGUCAUCUCGAUUACUGCAUGUUUCUAUGAAGAACCAUGAGUACCAAAAUUAAUAAAACUAGGGUGUGAAGCCUUCUUUCCCGUAAUCAUAACUCCAUAAGAAGGAAGAACUUUCUGAUGGACUACCCCCCAUUCCGAUACCUUUAAUCUAUAUCCCAGAGUUCAAAUCGUUAGUUGUAUCCUAUGGAAAUUAAAUUUUUGUUCCACAACAAGUUUGUAUCUUUUAUUUGUAUAUAUUUAUUAGUCAGAUUUAAGCAUAAUGAGAUAUUAGUUUUUCAUCUGUUUGAUCUAUGGAUACUUAUGGAAAACAUGGAAAAAUAAGGAAGUUGGUUUAUACACUGUCAACGCAUGUCAAAUUGAUAUUGACCGCAGAGGACGUGACUUCUAUCUCAGUAGCCUGUUAAUAAGAUCAUUUGCUUUCGGCCUAAAUGUUUAUGCUUCUCAUUUUUGUUCAACUCUCCUUGCAGUCAGCAGCUCUACUUGCCGUUGGUCUUCUUUAUGAGGGAUCAGCACAUCCAUUAACCAUGAAGAUUCUCCUUGUAAUUUACUCCUUUUCUUAUAAUCUGUUGACAUUUUCUUAUUUAUCAUUAUUGAUAUCUUACUAAAUUUAUAGUUUGACACUUUUUUUAAUUAUCACGUACUUAGAUAUAGUCAGUUGAUGGAAUAACAAACCCAGAUGUAACCUCUUUCUAUUGCAUUUAUUGUUUGUGGCUUGUCUCACCUUUUUCUAGGAUUUAUUCAAAUUUGAAAAAAUGAAGUAAUGUUUCAUCACAUUAUUGAGAAGCGGAUGGUAUCGUAGAAGAAAUAUUGAAGAAAGAAAGAUGUCAAAGGCAAAAAGUAGUGGACUUCCUCGUCAUAAUCACCAAAGUGCCAAAAAAAACUUUCAAGGCAUUUUUCUCAUAAACUUAUGGAUAACAAGGAGAUUGUCUAACAGAAAAAACAUGUGUUAGAAUCGUUUUGGUUUAUUAAUUUCUGACUGAUUAUAGGUGACAGUUUUCCAAAGAAUAAGAAAUUAGCUUUCCAUAGAAGCAGUAAACUAGCCCUUGAAGUACUCUAAUUUUUUGAACUAUACACUAGGAAACAGAUUACAAACAAAAACAAAACAAAUAUACAGCUAUACAAUCUUGAAAUUGAGGUCAAUAAGUUUUUGCCUUUAGGAAAUUGGAUCUGCAGAGAUUUGUCGCAAGAUACUGUCAUCCUUGGAAAAUGAGUUGGGUCCCAGUCGGACAUUCUCUUGACUGUACAGAAACGUUGACAGUGAUGAAGCAGAGGAAGAGAACGAAAGUUGGGGAUUGCACAAAGCUCGUCUGCAGCUAUUUCUGAAAUAUUUACUGCGUGCAACUACUGUAACACAAAUCAGAUACAGUUCCCAGAACAAAAGAAAGGAAGAAAACUAAGGAUACAAGCCACAGAGAUGCAAUCGUCGGGUUCUGCAGAACCUUAGCACCUGCUGCGAGAAUCCUUCCUGCUCAAAAACUCUUCUGAUUCUUCCUCUCCUUUGUCUGUCAUUCGCGGUGCCUUAAUCGUCGGGCAUCCUGGUCUUUUCCGUCUACACUGAUAUGUGCGUGGUUGAAUUAUAUCAGAUACAUUUCCAAAAACACUGAAGCUCUUGGGAGCACUUCCUAAACAUGAGAACGGUCUAAACUGCGUAGGGAAACUUAUGGUUUGACCAAAAGACUAGACUUAUGGCCUUCGUAGCUUUGUCUCCAAUCUACUAUUUUCCUUUUUUUUAUCCAUUCUUAUAGUUUUUGGGAAACAGAACUAGAACCCAUUCUUAAAGUCUGACCAUAGUUUCCUAGGCAAUGCCUUAAUGAGAAGGUGGCCUAAACGAGCAAUGUGUCCAGGCCAUGUGGGUUGUUAAAGUGAACUGGUAUUCAUGGGUUCUCAUUCUUGCCACACAUCAUUGCAUUUUGCCAACGAGCCAUUUGUAUGUUGGGCGAAUGGUGAAUGAUAGUAGAAUAUUAGGUAUAUGAUAGUUGUUAAAGAAAUCAAAUUAUAAUGUGUUUUAAAUGUUUAAAUUAUGAAGCAAUUUUUUUUCUUUUUACGUAUAUGAAUAUAUUUAUGUUUGAUGUUAUUUUUAGUAUACUUAGAAUCAAACCUUAUCUUGUUGUCUUAGUAAAGUGGUAGUUUUUUCACCACCUUAAUUACUUCAGGCUACAUUUCUAAAGAAAGAACUGUAGAUGUUGUUUGUUUAACACUUUCGAAAUGAUCAGAAGGUGUAGUUUUAUCUUAACGAUCAGAUAACUCAAAACAUUAUGAACGAUAAUUGUUGUGUUAAGGGCUUCAAGAUAAUGAUCUUGAUCAUGUGCCUAAGGUGCAGAUCUGUGAAGUAAAAUAAAAGCAAAUGAAAUAUAAAAAUUAACAUUAUGUACUGGCUGUUUUAAAAUUUUAAAAAUGAAUUUUACUCUAGAUUUUACCCAUUUCACAUGAGGUUAUAUCAGCUGUUCUAUGCUCACCAGAGAUUUCUGUUGUUAACUUCCUUUCAACAAGGCAUAUAAAUCAUUACGAUGUUCAACAAGUAUUUUUCCUACUUCGAUGUUAUUCCAUUUUUUAAAAUUAGAUGAGUUGGAUCAGAUUGCUGUUGAUGAUCAUGAUGCUUUGUACGGGCAGAGUACGACCUCUUUUUACAAAUAUGAGUAUUACACAAAUUGGUGAUCCUCAAUUGUGCGUGUUACACAAUUAUGCAUGUGCUGCAUGCAUAUUUAGCCAUUCUAUCUAGAGUUGUCUUUGGCAGAAAUCCGUCAUGACUUGCCGCUUGGCCAAGGUUUUAUAUACUUGUUUCCCCCUAAGCCUUGAUUGUUAAUUAUCUUGGCUUAAUUUAUGUCAUAAUAAUUCGAAUUUUACACUUAGUUUCAUUCCUUAAAUUCUUGAUGCAUUCCUUUGAGCAAUAGACUCAUUACUGUGCUUUAUAAAUUUUAUGCUAUGAAAUCUUAAUGUUUCGCCACAAUGUCGGUAUUUUACUUAAACAUUGCUCGUAUGAGUCCUGUUUUACAGGGUGAAAUCGGCCGUAGAAGUGGUGGUGACAAUGUACCAGAAAGAGAAGGUUAUGCAGUUGCUGCUGGAUCUGCAUUGGGACUUGUAGCUCUAGGUUUGCAUAUGCAUGAACUUAAAUCGGGAUUCCUUACAAUACUACCGAUAGUCAUUCAGUUUUUCUUUUUUACUUAAGGGAGAGGGAAGGAUGCGCCUGGAUUUAUGGAAAGCUUCAUUGAUCGUCUUUUUCAGUACAUUGGUUGCAAAGAAGGCCACAAUGUAUGAGUUUGCACUUUAUUUCUGCUAUUGCUGUUCCCCGUGGUAGAAAGCUGUUUUUUAGCUUACAAUAGAAAGCUACCAUUGUAUUUGGAAAGAGUUACUUUCUUUGUCCACAUGGAUCACCAGUUAUUAAUGUCAGCACCAGAUAACAUAUUUAUCUACUUUCCCUAAGAAACAAUGUUUAAUAAAAGACACGAUAGAUGAACAUAAUCGCAAUGUUGGGCAGGUUGAAAAUUUAAUUUAGUGUUGGUAAAAAAAUUUCACUUUGUAUGGUUUGUGUUCCAAGAUAUUACUUCUAAACAUCCUUUGGUAGCAAACAGUGUUUGCCACACGGCUACGCUUUCUCAUGUUAUUUAAUCUUUCUACCUUCAGGUGAUGGACGGAUCUCAGAUCAAUAUAGAUGUGACUGCCCCUGGAGCUACUCUUGCACUAGCUCUGAUAUUUCUAAAGGUGAAGUUUUCUCUAGCAUAGUUACUACAGAUGCCAAAAUAUCAUAUCCAGGCAUAGACUUGAUGAAACUCUGAAGGAAAAAGUCACUGAUUCUUUACCUUUGUCUUCUUGUUACAGACAGAAUGUGAAACAAUUGCCUCGCGUCUCUCUAUCCCUGCCACUCACUUUGAUUUACAAUAUGUGAGACCUGACUUUAUCAUGCUUCGUAUCAUUGCACGUAAUUUGAUAAUGUGGAAUAGGUACUAUCAAUAAUCUGUAUUCAUCCAUUAAUUUAUUACUACAACCAAGAAAUGUCAAAUGGUAUUCAGAAAAUUUAUUUUAAAUUUUGUAGUGUUCAGCCUUCAAGGGAUUGGAUUGAAUCUCAAAUUCCGGAAAUUGUUAAAAUGCGAAUAUCAAGAAUGAGAGACGAGACCGCUGACAAUGGAUUUGAUGCAGAAGCACUAGUUCAGGCCUAUGUGAACAUCGUUGCCGGGGCCUGCGUUUCACUUGGUUUGCAUUUAGGACACUGCUUUUGUUUAUACACGGGCAUUUUUUUACAAUACUCGUUUGUUCAUGAAUCUUAUACACAAUCAAAUAUGGCUGCAUUAUCCAAUAAUGGAUGUGUUCAAUUGCUUAAUCUCAUAUUUGUUCAUAUCCAGACUAUUAUUUUGGAUGAGAUCUUUAAACAAUCUUUUCUGGAGUAAUGGUAUUGUAUUAUGUUUGCAGGGUUAAAAUUUGCUGGUUCUAGAAAUGGUGACGCGCAAGAGUUAUUGUAUGACUAUGCAGUAUAUGUUCUUAAUGAAGUGCGUCCGUUUCUCCUUGUGAAUGAAAGUUUUCUGCUGAUAUGAGUUUUGUCACCCUUUACAAGUUGUUUCAUGGACCUCUGUUCAAUAUGUUUUGCAGAUAAAGUCAGUUUCUGGAAAGAUGAGCAACUCCUUACCGAAAGGAUUAUCAGAAUUUGUGAGUCGUGGGACGCUGGAGACUUGCCUUCAUCUUAUUGUUCUUUCACUUUCCGUGGUAUGUUGACCAUCCCUUCUCAAAAAUGAAUUAGAUUGUUAUGUCUUUUUCCUACUUAGGACGCCUUAGAGAAAGAAGGCUCCAUCACACUGUAUUAUUCAUUUUGGGAAUAUUUUGACUUUUAAUGCAUAUGAUGCAGAACUAUACAGUAUGCAUCUGUUCUCCUCUCUUGACAUAUUAUGUAUUCAAUGCCAAAAUCGUGCUAAACUGUCAAAUAUUAUUAUGAGCUUCUCUCUCGUAUUCUUGACUUCUGUUAUUUAGUUUUUUGAUAGUUCUUCAAUAGGACUCUAUUUCGGCUGUUAUUCAAUGAUCAUUUUACCCCCGAGAACAGGUCAUGGCAGGUUCUGGACAUCUUCAAACAUUUAGGUUGUUGAGAUUUCUUCGGAGCAGAGGGUCUGUGGAUGGACAUGUUAACUAUGGAAUCCAGAUGGCUGUAAGUUCUUAUUUUUAUUGUGGGCAUUUGAUAAUGAGACUUGGUUGUUUUUGCUUUCCUUUUUUUCAUUCGUCCGAGGAAUAGACGUUUCGGCUUGUUCCCAUGAAGAAACUUUAACUAUAAUGUAGUCAAAGAAUUUGUGUGCAAACGUUGCUUCUAGAAACCUUCGUUGGGUAUAUGCAGUGUCUGUCGGCAAAGUCGCAAAUGGCAUGGGCUUGUGCAUGCAUAAAAAUCGUGGAGGUUGGGCUUCUAAAAAAGGAAAUUUGAGAGAGGAGGUGGACGUGGAAUUCACAGAGCCUGUGGAUAUUUUUCUAGCAAUUUAUGGACGUAUAGAAAAAAGAUAACGCAGAUAUGAUCAGAAUGUGUGUAAGCCUAUGAUGCAGUCAAAGAGGCAUACACUGCCCACAAGAAGUACAGAUGACGCUGCAGCCUUAUCUGAUAGAAUAUAGGUCAGAAGGAAGAGAAAGCUAUGAUAGUUUGCCACAAGUAGAGACAAUGCGGAGAAUUAGAGGCUUGUCCUCUCUGUGUGUAAGUACUUGAGCAAAGAAGUCAAAUAGGAGAAAUAAAAAUAUCAAGAAACUGUAAAAGGGGAUAUGCCAUCUUCUCUAAACAAUUUGAUGGGGAGGCCUCGCAGCAGAUUACGAAUAUAGAUAAUCUGAGCAUGUUCACCUGCUUGAAACUGAUUUUUUUUCUUAUAUAAUGAUUUCGUAUUUUAAUGGAGUGUAUAGUGCGUUUUACUUGUAUCAAAGUGCCCUUUUUGCUUCAAAUUUUUUAGCUCUUGCAAAUAUUUUUAAGUUUUUCCUUGAUAGAAUAACUCAUGUCCAUGAUCACUUUCCUUAAAAAGAUGCAGUAUUUCAGAAGGUUUGUUAUCAUUAUGGCAUGAAGAAUAGCUAUGCUUAUCGUAUUAGGAAAGAAUAUGGCUUUGCUUCAAUGGAUAUAUGAUGUUUUUUUACUCGCUCUGGUCUUUCACGACAUUUAAAUUUAUUUUUUCUGGUCAUAAUGUUUGCCUUCAAUGUUCUCUUUAUAGGUAAGUUUAUCCAUUGGAUUUCUGUUUCUUGGAGGAGGCAUGCAAACUUUCUCCACUGCAAACAGUGCCAUCGCUGCUCUGUUGAUUACCUUGUAUCCACGUUUGCCUACCGGGCCAAAUGACAACCGUUGCCAUCUUCAGGUUUCCAGCCUUCUCAUCCUACUAACUGUGCGAAAUUUUAUUCUUUGAAGCAAAUCGCUUAUAGUGGCAUAUUUUUGUUGUAGGCAUUCAGACAUUUAUAUGCCAUUGCCGCAGAAUCUCGUUGGGUACAAACAGUUGAUGUCGAUACUGGUCUCCCAGUUUAUGCACCUCUUGAAGUCACUGUCGCCGAGACCCAGAACUUUGCUGAAACUAGCUUAUGCGAAGUCACGCCUUGCAUUCUACCAGAACGUGCUGUUGUAAGUAUAUGUGAUAUUGAUUAUUAUCACAGCCUCAAUUCAUGAAGGUAUUUUCAAUGCACCCAAGCCAUUAGGAUAUUUAGUCACAUGUGGGUGCAAGUAUAAAAGUUGAAAGUUAAAACACGAAACGUGAGUUAUAUAAUUCCCUUUGUUCGUCUUAUAUCAGUGAUGUCACAUGUGGGUGCAAGCACCUUCUGGAUCAUAACAUACCAUACUGAGGUUACAAACUUUCACUCCUUUCACGAGGACCAAAUCUAGUGCCAUAGAAUACGAUGCCAGCCUAUAGUAUCAACUAGUGGCUUUCCCUAGCUAUGAUAUACCCACUGAUGCCAUCAUGAUGGCGCCAAAUGAUAUUUUCAGUUAUUUCACGUCUCAAUAAUUCCUUCGGAGUCUAACUGUGCUGUUUUCCACCAAGCUAGAUAUCUACUUGUCUACCCUUAUCCCGAGACAUUUAUUUUAUUGAAAUUUCCAUUAUUGUUAUUUUAUUUUAUGUUGCAGCUGAAGACUGUUCGGGUGUGUGGUCCUAGAUAUUGGCCUCAAGUGAUACACCUUACUCCUGAAGGUUCUUAGUGGAUCACAAAUAUUUUCACGGCUAUUCAUUUUUCUUAUUUUUAUUGAUUACUUAAUUUUAGCGUUUAUUGAAUAGAGAAGCCAUGGUGGAGAUCAUUUGAAAGAAACAAUCCAUUUAGUGGAGGCAUUCUUUAUAUAAAACGGAAGGUUGGAGUUUGUUCAUACGUCGAUGAUCCUACUGGGUGUCAAUCUUUGUUAUCACGGGCAAUACACAAGGUUAUCUCUAUCUGGAUAUUUUAUUUUCUUCUCCUUUCAACUUUCACGGAAAUUUUAUUCUGAAGACAUCAAUUUUAAAUUUUCUGUGCAGGUUUCUGCUGUACCAUGCCAGAGCAGUCCAGAUGGAACUGUAUGUGAUGGCAGUAAACCCACUGAAUUUAAGGUCGAUCAGUUGGUUGGUACAUUUUCUGCUGAUCCAAGCUUAAUUGCUUUUGCACAAUUUUGCUGUGACUCUACCUGGAAUACUAGGCAAGACCCAUUCACUCAUUCCCUUCUAGAGUUUGAAGAUCUUUAAUGUUCCCUUUGAGACAUCUAUUGAUAAUUGAUAUGUUGUUCAUGUAUAUUCAAUUCUUCUCUACCGGUACUUUGUUUAUUAUUAUUAUUAUUAUUAUUAUUAUUAUUAUAUUAAUGCGAUGCAAUUGUAAAAGAUGAGUAAGCACAUCCUAGCAAUCCACAUCAUUGUCUUCACUAUUAUACGUUUUGUUCAACGGUUUAACAUUAGUUUUAAUAGAAAUUGAUCUGCAGUCACAUAAAAUGAGCGUCAAAAGAAACAUAAAUCUGAAACCAAGAUUGACGGGGCCUAUCGAUCUAGAUUUUGGACUUGACCGGCCGUAUCCAAUGUCUUGGAAUACUUUCACACACUUUAACAGCCAUGAGCUUCAAUCUGGACCAGGUGGAGCCCUGGGUCCUAGAGAUAUCUAGAUUACGAAUUAGGAUAACUAAUUUAGUUUGGUUUGCUCCAAUACAUCGGGAAAAUUUUGACGCAUACGCAGAGGACCAAUGCAGAGCUGGAACGCAACAUUGAAUAAUGGGGAUUUGAAUAAGGCGAAGUGGGUCACCCAGUUUCCAUGUGGAUAAAUUUAACGUCUGGCUACACUUUGAACUGUGCUUCAUCACACGUAUCUUAGGAUCACUUAACUUACAAUCCUUUUGCACUAAUUUUUCUGUGGCUGAACCUUGUAUGGCAGUUUAAUUGACCCUCCUUUUUUUUCAUCUGUUCGAACUGGAAAUUGUUAUUUGGAUGAUCACAUCAUAUUUAUUUUGAAUGUCACACCUGAGUAUCAGAUUCUUUCUGGGAAGUGGUGUUAGCCCAACUUUGUUGGGCAAUUGAGAACUCCCAAGUUAAGGAGGUGAACCUUGAUGCGAAUAAUUGCACGGUUACCAUAAAACCAUAUUGAUAUUACGAGUUUACCUUUGUUUCUUUCUCCAAAGUUUAUACUGGCUUCUCCGUGUGUGCAUGAUUUCAUUGACCAAGAUUUAGGCUCAUUUUGUUUCGGGUUGACGACUGAUUUUUAUGAUCAACUAUUCUGUUGAAGAUGAAUCAAAAUUCACCUUAGUUUGCGAAUUGCAGAUCAACUGUACCAUUUAAAUAACAUCCACAUAAAUCUGUACUUUUCAGAUCUGAUGCUGAUUUCCAGGACUUUUGCUCACAAGUCCUAUUAGAAUGUGUUAGCAAGGAUAGACCAGCUUUGUUACAGGUUAGUACUGGUUUAUAUUAUUAUUUACUGUAUUUCUUACAGCAUAGAGGCUAGAUAAGCGUGACAAUUAAGGUAACGAUGAAAGUGUUUUUUAAUAGAAUUUCCAUGAUCUUCGUUGCUAAGAGAAUGCUAAGUCACAUUCCAAUUUUUUUCCAUUGCAAUAUAAAGCAUGUUCGAGAGAUAUGUCAAUCUAAAUGACAGAUUGUCUUUGGCUAGGGACCCACUUCUGUCAUCUUGUUAUCAUAUGCUGUUCCAACCACUUCUUUUAAAAGUUUUAUUGGUCAUUACAUGAUAGUAAUAUGGCUCCUACAGGUUUAUCUCUCAUUUUACAUCUUCAUCGGGUCUAUGUGGGAACAAGUGAAGUUUGGCUACCUGCACUUCAACGAUUCAAUUUUUCUUUCCAGCCUAAAGGUAUGCAUUUGAAUAUCUUUUUUCUUCUGAUUGUCGUUGUACCGACUACCCAGAAGCAAAACAAAAACGGAAAGAGUGUGUGCUCGAGAAAGCUUUUCUGAAAUGGGUAGCGGGUGGUUGAGAGUGCUAUAAAAGAAAGGCCUUGAUCCUGAAGCCACUUUCUCAGACGCCUAGACUGACCAUUUAAAGCCAUUUUUGUACGUCCCCAGUUGUCAAUCUAGGGCAUUAUAACAAUCAUUUGGCAUGCUGUGUGCGAACUCCCCAGUGUGUCUGUAGUCAAACUUAAUAGAUAAACUACAUAGAGGGUCUGAUUUGGAAAUUGACAAGGGAAUGCUAAUACAGUAUGUGUCCCUCGAUUGCAGAUCCCUAGACAGAAAGAAUUGUUGGUUAUGAGAGCAAUAUCGUGUGGUUGUUAGAGCCAGCUACCCUUUUUUUUUUUUCUAAACUGUCGCAGCACUAGCAUCUGAUUUUCAGACCUUCUCCGUCCCUUUUCUUAUCUUUCUCUAGUAUAGGUUUUUUUUCUCUAAUGUGGGUAGUGAGGGAGUGAGAAAAAAAUGCUUUUUUUAGGUACAUUCAUUGUAAAUAAUGUCCCAGAAAAUACGCUGGAUAUUCAACGGUCAAGCAGUUAAAAUCUUUUGAGCAUCAGAGACUGAUAAUUCGCACUCUAUGCAUGGCCCAAGGAAGGGUCAUUAGAGGAAAACCUCCUCAGAGAGAGUAGAGAGUGAGCAGCAUUCUUGUAGCUCCAGAUCAUGGUUUGGUGGACGACGAGAAUCGACUGAUCUUGUGGCUUGUAUCCUUUGACAGAUUAGGUGAUAUUGCUCAGUUUUUUGAAGCUAUUGAUUUCAUAAAAACAUAGGAAAAUUGUGUUGGGCUUUUUUGUAUCAAUUGUACCGGGCAUCCAAGAAGACGAUACCAGCUCGAUUUUCACUUUGAACGACUCAGUUUCAGUUUGCAGGGAUUAUUGAGAAAACCCAUUCAAAAUCGUUAGUGUCUCUUUGAAUGUCUUUCAGUCUCUGGUUCGGUCGAUUCCGUGUUGAUCAGGAGUGCGUAGAUCGGAGAGUCUGAGUCAAAUCACAUGAGUUCUUAGUCGAAUCUAGUUGAGAAAUUGUGUUGUCAGGAUUGAAUGACUGCAAGUUCUACCCUUGUAGUCCAUCAUGAUUAGCGAUUGGACUAUGUUUUCUGAGUUAUUUCAUCAGCAUUUCCAAUUGUUUGGCUCCUCCUAGCUCACAUGAUCCACAGCCAGCUCUGAACUACAUCAUGAUUCCAUGGCUGCUUUUCUUGAAUUAUAGAGUCACUAUAUGAGAUAUUAAAUUAUUUCACGUAGUUGAAUGAGCAACCUUCUCUCUUUUACAAGUAUCACCCAGGGAAGCCCUUUGAGCUCCUGUUUUGUUCUUCCUUUACUUCCUGCAGAUCGCUAUUGCAUAUAACGAUGCUUUCGUUCGAGGCAGACUGACCAGCCCGAGAGGGGCGAUCAUGCAACCGACGUUCAUCGAAUCGCUUGGGAGGCGUGUUGAGGAGAUGCUAAAUUUUUCUCGUGAGCUCAGAGUCAACCUUGUUGGCUAUUUGGGAGGCAAGUGGCCGCAUGAACAGGGAGAUAAGACGGCCGCCAUCCUCCUUUCAUGGUACCUUCAGUGGUUCGGAAUCCCCCAUCCACACCUUGUGAAGUCAGCUCUGGUCAAAGUCAAGCCCGAGACUAUGAGGUCGUCGGCUGUCCCUCUCCUGUCCAUGCUACUGCCAAGAACCCGAACUAGCGCUCUUUCUGAGAUUCACAAGAUGUUGUCCUCUUAG